UAAAAAUGAAUACUACACAAUCAUUCUUCUCGCCUAUAGAUUCAAAAUCUGCCCCAAGAACUCUAAAGAAAUCUCGAAUUCCAAGGAAUAUAAUAGUAGCAUAAUUUUAUCAUUUUUUGGAUGUUAUAGGAAUCCAAAAAGCAAUCAAACCAAGUCAACCCACGGUAAAGAAUAAUUUUGCAAGCAUUCAGACUCACUCUCUCAGUGCUAAAAGAGGAUCUGCAAGGUUAUACUUCAAGGAAGAAUCCCCUGAGUUCUCUAGAUCGAAUCAACAUUCAAGAGCAGACAGGAGAAAAGAUAUUCAUUUUCGCAGUGUCAGCAAACACUCUUCCUUGUUUCCAAGCAACCAAGAAGAGUGACAAGCCCUCCCCAAGCUGAACAAAAGUUAUACUAACAAAGGAACCUCUAUUCAUAGUAUGGAGUCGACCUCCAGAGUAAAUUUCAGAAAGGAGAAAGCAUGAAUGAACCAAAGAAUAUCCUGGGUUUCCCACUAUCCUCAACAUAAAAUUUCAUUUAAAGAGAAACCAAAAGAGACAACCAGAGAAAACGGUUUUAAAACUAAGCAGUUCCGGAAAUACUUCCAGCAGAAAUAUUGUGAGAUAAAAAGGAAUAAACAAUUUGGCAAGAUUGCUGCUAAGAAACCUCCUUCUCAGACCAGAAUUUCAAUGAAUAUUUGUCUGAAUCCUGAUAAAUCUAUCCUUUUUAAUCCAGAUAUUAGCCCUAAUUUGUUCCAGUCAAAUGACAAAGGAACGAGAAGUAAGAGGAAAAAGAAGAAUUUAUAUGAGAAAAGUCUAGUCAGGAUGGAUAGCGAACUUUCAAUGAGCAAUGUCAAAAUGAAUAUUUCAUCCUCAUCAACCGUGAAUCCUCAAACGGAGGAGGAAAGAAAAGAGAUUGAGAAGAAACUCUCUCCUCAGAAUACACCAAAAAGUACCUUAUACAAUAAUCCAAGAAGAACAGCAUACUUUGGCAAAACUUAAACUAAUCAACCGACAAGACGAGACUAGAAUUUGAAUGAAUUCCCAAA